CUUUAUAGGCUAGACUUCUAUAAGGUGUGUUGAUAAGGUCAACAAGACCGUCACACAGGAGAAAGUCAACCAGUGUCACGCAUACCACAAAGACAGCGACUGGUAGUGUUAAAGUGGCUUAAGUCACUUGUGUUAUAUUGACCAUAAUCUAAAGGUCUUCUUAGGAGGAUUGGAUACUAAAUGAUACAAUCUUCUAUCAGGUGACCCACUGGGCUUUGUUGCCUCCACAGUACUACUGUUUAAGUCAGGCAGUUAAAUUUAAAGAUGACAGAAUGUUGAUGUCAAAGUGAAGACACAGUCCAGAUGUCAAAUUAGAGGUUAUCUACAAGACUGAGAUGAUCAGAGCUGACCCAGUCCAAGGAUGGGGCUAUGGACAUCAGGGAGAGAGACAGUUCAGUACUGCACCGGCCUAUAAUUCCAUCCCUUAUCCACAUGAUGUGAUGGGGAGUCAGGACUCGCUCCUGGAAGACUCUGAUGAGGAUGAGCUGGAUCCCUUUGAUGCCAUCUAUGGAGAGUUAGAUCUCCAACGUGUCUAUGGUCAACAGCUGGCUAUAUGGACACACAGAAACCCAGACACAGUGGCGCUGUUCACCCCCAUACAGGGAGACACUUUUAUGAACAUUGUCACGUUUGCUAGAACGUCACUUCAGUUUAACUCAGCAGUAGACAAGAUGAUGGUCCUACUGCCAGGUCACAAGAGACCCCUAGAUAUGGACAGCGUGUUCAUUGUCAAGCCAGGCACAGCCAUACUGAUAGCUCCACUCUAUGACUAUAUGGUAACUCUGGAGGUCAAACAACUCAAUCAGAAGAUAGACAUGGUGAUUCACAUCACAAUGACUGUACUAGAACUGAAGACCAGGCUACACACAGAGAGAGGCUACCCAGUGGAGAGAAUAGAUCUAUUGUAUAAAGACAGACCCCUGGAGAAUGUCAGAUAUCUGUUUGAAUAUAAUGUGGCCCACAGCAGCACUCUCUUUGUUCUACUCAAUCUGAAGAAUGACAUUCUGGUCCACGUUGAGACAUUCUGGGGCAAACAGUACCAUCUCUACGUAGACUCCUCCACGACUGGAUUUGGUAUCAUAGCGAGUAUACUGAGACGUACAGUCAGUCAAAUGAUUGUCGACGUGGUACAACUAUAUGAACUAUUUCUACCAAAGCAUUCCUUGGUUCUAUACCUUGGGUCUAGAGUCAUAGAUUGGGAUAACUGUCUCGGAUUUUAUGGCAUCGAAGAUGGCAGUGUACUAACCAUGUCCACUAUUGGCCUAGCUAAUGAUAUGGCCAUUCAGCCAGUGCCUGUCACAUUAGACGACGGCCGAGAGAAACAGAUCAUGGUGUCUAAAUUUGACAGAUGGUCUGUCGUGGCCUUGAAGCUACACGGGAUGACUGGCUACCCUGUCAAUCUAAUGCAACUGAUUAAGCAUGGCAGUGUUAAAAUAGACUUUUCUGAUACAGUAGGAUCCACUACGAUUUCAAAGCCAGUCAAACUGGAUGUCUCUGCUAUGAAGGUGGAUGACGACCUACUGUAUGGAAUACCUUUAAAAUUUAAAAUUGCCAGAGGAAUCACAGAGCUGCUUAAAGUGGCCCCAAGCCGUACGAUCAAAUCAGUGAAGGAAACACUGGAAAGAAUCGGUGUCCCCAAUGCAUCCCUGUAUGACCUAGUGAUAGAUGGUUACAAGUUGCCUAACAAUAAGAGAGUUGUGGAUGUUAUAGAAGAAUAUAAAGUCCCCAUUGAGCUCAGUCUGAAGCAGUAUCCAGUCUUCAUUCAUGGUCACCAGAAUGUCAUAUACAAAAUGCUAGCGUACAGCAAAGAGACGCUAGCCACAUUUCUUAUGCGAGUUAACAUGAAGACAGGGCUCUCUUUUGAUAAAUAUUUGAUUUUAGUUUGUGGCACAGUGCUAGAUGAUGAUGAGAACCUGCCAGUAUUUGACACUAAGAUAUCACUCAAGUCUUCCUUAUUUCUCGUACCCAGGAAGCAGUACAGAUCCUUCUUUGUACUCCACGGUGAUUGGUUGGCCAAGAUCAGAAUACCAACGUACCCAAAGUCCCAACAAAUUAAAGACAUUCUCUGGAAAGAGAGGCAUGUGCCUGAAGGUGGUCUUGCUUCUAUUGGGACAUUUCUGCAGUGGUACUUUGGGGCCCAGAACAGAGAUGGCAGUACUGCUCAACUUGAUGUACCACUUAAGGAGCGAAUGAUGGUCUAUGAACAAAAAAUUGGCAACAAGUACUUACACAUGAAGGUAGAACCACAGCAACAACCCAGAACUAAGACCAAACAUAAACAUGGUCAAAUACUGGACAAUAAAGCGUUGGACAAGCUGGUCAAGCUGGAGCGUCAGAAAAGACACAGAAAUCAAUCACUUCCACCUGGGCAUGACAGAAGGAAGUUGCGAUUGCCGCAGCUUCCAAGACACAUGUCUGCAGACGCACUGAGAGCAACCGAGCAACAUGGCCACAAAAAGAGGAAAGCCUACACCACUGAUGCUAACUACAACAGAGGACACCACAACAUACACAGAAACAGAUCAGAUGGUCAGUAUGUUGUUCCACCUCCAGUUUACAAGUACACUGAUGGUGGCAGUGAAGAGAACAAAGAAUGGGUUUUCUGUCUGAGACAUGAUUACACUUUACCAGUCAAAGGAAACAAACAGAGAAUAGAUCAACACUAAUCGACAAAUUAUCUACUAAUAUCAACUAUCAAUGGAUCUAAGGAAAGAGUUAGAGACAAAUUUCAAUAAAAAUAUAUGUGAUUUCUUUACUUUAGUGUGUGAUAUGAAUUGAGUAGUAUGCAAUUUAUUACAUUAUCUGCUUCUAUAAAAAACAUGAUCUCAAUAAAAAAAAAAUAUUAAAAAAUGUGUGUGUGGCAAGUUCUGACCUGACAGUGUGGCAAUGAUAAAACAGUGCUACUGACCUCAAUGACAUCAUCUCCUUUGUACCAUUUGACUCUGGCUCUAGGGUCAGACACAAAACAUUCCAGGACUCCAGUCUUUUUCCGUUUUACUUUGUAUGUAUCAGGCAGUUUCUGGGUGAAGUAAUACUCUGGUUCUUUGGCUGAAGAUGGUGAUAAAAGUAACAAAAAGAAUAACAACAGUUGUGUCCCAAUUUAAAGUCAAUUCAAGAAGUUUCAAAGCAACAAGAAAACAAAGUAAUCUCUCUGUAAUCUAUAUGACACUCGUACUAUUAAGGGUUUUCUAAUAGCUUUAUUAAACAGUAUAUUUAACUCUUUCUCUCCGUAAUUAUUUUCCAUGUUCCAAUGGAGUCAUUCACUUUGCUCAUUUGUAUUUUGCUAUCCUAUUUUUAUUAAACUUCAAUAACUUUUUUGUUUGUUAUCAGAAAAUGUUUUAUUUGGUAUAGAAUUUAAGAAGACUUCAUGCUCUUUUAAGACAAUGCAAAUUAAAGUUUGUAAAACCAAAAAUUAAUUUAAUGUAAUGGGGUCAAAUCGACGUUGGUAUCGUCAAUUAGGAGAGAAAGAGUUAAAAUCUAUUUAAUCCUGCCACUAACUAUACAAAUAAAUACUUGAAUGGUAACUAAAGUAACAUGUCAACUCUUUGUAUUAAAUAUCAAUAUACGCAUAUCUGUCCAGUGGUCAGCUGUAACACCACUAUCAUUUUGUGACCAUGUUUCUUUUUUGGGUGAAGAUUAUUUUUUUAAGCCCCUGAAUUGCAUUAUUGUGAACCAGUUGUGUAGUAUUUUCACAUGACCAUACAGUCCCAUUUGUGAGCUGCAUGUUGGUGAUGUGAAACACAGCGUGACUUCAGGAAGCCUGCACUAAGUAUUUGUCUCAUGAAUGUGAUGCUAUAUUUUGUUUACUAAUGUUGAUCUAGCUAAUUUAAUGUAAUUGAUGUAUAGGCCUCUAAAUGUUGAUUGAUCAAAGUAAUGUUAUUUCUUUUUGCUUUUAUUGACCUCUGCAUAACUAGCUUUAUUUGUUAUUAUAAAUGACAUUAGAUUUUGGAUGGUUAUCAUAUGUUAAAAAAAUAACAUAUUGGUCAAAACUGUAUGCAUGAUAAAUAUUUAAGAGCAGUACUCGAACAGCAUAUUUUUAUUGAGUGUAAAUGGUGAAUUCAUAAUCUGGCAAACCAUUUGGUCAUGUUAGUAAAGGGAAUGUGUAAACAAUAACAUGGAAAAUGAUGUUAAAACAUCUAUAGAAUAGAGUCCAUUCAUAUUGACUAUAGUGACUAUUAAUGUUAUUAUAUUAUUUAUGUUUGUAUAGAAAAAUUUACAUAGUCAGUAGAUUUGUGCUGUAUCUUUUUGUUCUGUGUGAUACAACGUUAAAUAAAGAUAGUUUUUUUAAGGCUGUACAUAUUUUGAAACAAAGUUUGUGUAAAAUUAUCUGAAUGUUAAUACACUACAAUUAGUCUCA